UAGAAAGUGGAUGUUACCAGCAGGGCAGUUAUGGAAAUAAUGGCAAAGACAAUAGAGUAUCUUCAGCCCAAUCCAGCUUCCAGAGCUAAACUCAGCAUGAUCAACACUAUGUCAAAAAUACGAGGCCAGGAAAAGGGACCAGGUUACCCUCAGGCUGAAGCCUUGCUGGCAGAUGCCAUGCUGAAAUUUGGGCGAGAACUUGGAGAAGAAUGCAACUUUGGACCAGCACUUGCAGAUGUGGGAGAAGCUAUGAAGGAGCUUUCUGAGGUCAAGGACUCUUUAGACAUGGAAGUGAAACAAAACUUCAUUGACCCACUUCAGAACCUCCAUGACAAAGAUCUGAGAGAAAUACAGCACCACCUAAAGAAAAUGGAAGGUCGACGCCUGGAUUUUGAUUACAAAAAGAAAAGACAGGGCAAGCUGCCAGAUGAAGAACUUCGCCAAGCUCUGGAGAAAUUUGAUGAAUCUAAAGAAAUUGCAGAGUCAAGCAUGUUCAACCUUCUGGAGAUGGAUAUUGAACAAGUGAGCCAGCUUUCUGCUCUUGUACAAGCCCAGCUGGAGUACCACAAGCAGGCCAUGCAGAUCCUACAGCGAGUUACUUCUAAGCUGGAAGACAGAAUAAAAGAGGCAUCAUCUCAGCCCAGGAGAGAAUACCAGCCCAAACCCCGUAUGAGCCUGGAUUUCACAACUGGUGACAAUACUCAGCACAAUGGAGGAAUAUCCCAUGCCACCACACCCAAACCGUCAGGUGUUCACAUGGAUCAGCCAUGCUGCCGAGCUCUGUAUGACUUCGAACCAGAAAAUGAAGGGGAGCUGGGAUUUAAAGAGGGUGAUGUCAUUACCCUCACUAACCAGAUUGAUGAAAACUGGUAUGAGGGGAUGCUUCACGGCCAGUCAGGUUUCUUCCCCAUCAAUUAUGUUGAUAUUCUAGUUCCAUUACCCAAUUAG